AUGGUGGAAAUGAGUGGUCCCAAGGAACCCCCUAGCCGUGUGGACGCUGGUCUGAUCGGUGGGGUGCGGCUGCCUCACACUGGAGAGGCUGAGAGCCUAGUAAUUGCUCACUCCGAGAGGCUGGCCUGGAGGAGCCCGGUCUUCAGCCCACUGUGGAAGGGUGCAGACCCUGGGUCCCAGCGCCAACAGGAACGGUGGAAAGAUGCCAACAGGACGCCACCUCUAUUUUUUUUUUUUCUUUGCAACGUCAUCGAGCGAGGCGAGGUUAACCCACCACGACGGAAACAGAUCAAAGUCAGUGCAGAGUUCAGGCUGCACCCGUGCAGCGCACAGGGGCGGAGGGGCUUGCAGCACGGCCGGGUCCGGGGCUCAGCCCACGGAAGCCCGCAGGACUGGGGACCCACGGAAGCCCGCAGGACUGGGGACCCACGGAAGCCCGCAGGACUGGGGACCCACGGAAGCCCGCAGGACACGGGCUCUGCCUCGCAUCUGGAGUCCUCCAGCGUGAAACCCACGAGAAGUUGCUUCCGGGUGAGCCCAGCUCCACACGGUCCAUUUCUAAUGUUCUGCCUUAGCCCAGGCCCGGGGUCAUGGGCCCAACCAGCAAAGAGUCAACUCAACAGUGAGCUGAAAUAAACCCUCUCUCAGUACCUCUUUAUCUCAAGUAUUUGCUACAGUAAUGGAGAGCCGAUUAAUUCAGAUGGCAGUUCAGCCUCUGCCCUCACAUUCCCUCCCAGAAGGCACUGACUGGGUCUGUAUUUGCUCCUCUGCACUUCUUUUAUGAAUCACAGAUGGAGUUGCCUUUGUGCACACAUACAGUUUUCAUUUAUCUGUCAGGAAAUGUUUCCUGCGGCUCUUGCUCUGCGGAGUGUACCUCCAGUGCUUGACUCUCGGACAGACAUGGCUCCUGCUCACACACAGCUUCUGACCCCGUUUGCCAACAAGCACCCCACCCCACCCCACCCCCACUUGGGAGAGACGGCCCCGCUCCUCACGACCCUGAUGGAUGGUGCAGGGGAGCUGGCUCUGCCCCUCGCCUUCCUGAGGUGGACGGCCCUCGUGGCACAGACCGACCAGCUCAACUACCACCCAGGCCCACAGCCCAACAUCUGUCCCAUGGAGGACCUGCUGGAGCUCGUGACGGGACUGGUCCUGUGACACGAUACCAGCAGGAUCUCCAUGACUGGAGGCAGCCGAGGGAUGUCCGAGAGGGUUCCGGGGAGGAUCCAGUGAUGACGGUGUAGAGGCCUUGAACCAGACCAGUGACUCAUGGCAACGAACAUUGGCAAGUAAAGUACCGGGAUGAGUGAAGAGGAUUGGAGACAGGGUGAGAUGGGGGUGCAGGGGUUGUUUUGUUUUUCUUUUUGUUUGUUUGCUUGUUUUUGAUUUUUUUUUUUUAAUUUUCUUUUGGGUGGUUUUGCAGGGGGGAGGGGAGGGUAUGGAGAGGCUGGGAAGUGAGCAGAAUUGGGGUGCAUGAUGUGAAAUCCCAAAAAUUCAAUAAAGAAAUUAUGUCUUUUUUUUUUUUUAAAGCCUAUUUAUUUUUCUGAAUCUGAAGGUAGAAGGUUAAGGAAUUCCCAGGCAGAAGGACAUCGUGUCCAACCUAGGCUUUGGAUUUAUUGGUGUUUAACUCACAGCAGCUCUAGUUUGUUAGAACUGUGUUUAAAGAUGUAUGGUACAUUUGGGCAAACAGAAGAGAAGAACAGACGUCCACGUUAAAAGGUAUUACAUUUUAAAAACCAUUUUUAUUUAUUUUAAUUAAAUAAAAUUCAAAAAAUAA